AUGUCCAAGGACGUCGCGGUCGUCAAGAAGACGACAACGGAGGAGGAGGAGUACACCAUCAAGCCCCAGGCGACCACUCCUUCUCUUGACACCAGCCAGUGGCCUCUGCUGCUCAAAAACUACGACAAGCUUCUUGUCCGAACAGGCCAUUUCACUCCCAUCCCCAAUGGCUGCUCUCCCCUGAAGCGCGAUCUUAAGCAAUACAUCAGCUCUGGUGUCAUCAACCUCGAUAAGCCCUCUAACCCUUCCUCACACGAGGUCGUCGCUUGGGUCAAGCGCAUUCUACGAUGCGAAAAGACUGGACACAGUGGUACCCUCGAUCCCAAGGUCACUGGUUGCUUGAUCGUUUGCAUUGACCGUGCCACUCGUCUUGUCAAGUCCCAGCAGGGUGCCGGAAAGGAGUAUGUGGCUGUCAUCCGCCUUCACGAUAAGCUGCCCGGUGGCCAGGCUCAGUUCGCCCGCGCUCUCGAGACUCUCACCGGUGCGCUCUUUCAGCGCCCCCCUCUGAUCUCUGCCGUCAAGCGUCAGCUCCGUAUCCGAACUAUCCACGAGAGCAAGCUUAUCGAGUUCGACAACGACCGACACCUCGGUGUCUUCUGGGUCAGCUGCGAGGCCGGCACUUAUAUUCGAACCCUCUGUGUCCACUUGGGUCUUCUUCUCGGUGUCGGUGGCCACAUGCAGGAGCUUCGACGUGUCCGCAGUGGUGCCAUGGAUGAGUCCAAGGGCCUGGUCACUCUCCACGAUGUUCUCGAUGCCCAGUGGCAAAUGGACAACACCCGCGACGAGUCUUACCUUCGCAAGGUUAUCUCUCCUCUUGAGACUCUCCUGACUUCUUACAAGCGACUUGUUGUCAAGGAUAGUGCUGUUAACGCCGUGUGUUAUGGUGCCAAGCUCAUGCUUCCCGGUCUUCUUCGAUAUGAGUCUGCCAUUGAGCAUCAUGAGGAAGUUGUUCUUAUGACCACCAAGGGUGAAGCCAUUGCUCUAGGUAUCGCACAGAUGUCUACUGUUGAGAUGUCCACCUGCGAUCACGGUGUUGUUGCCAAGGUCAAGCGCUGCAUUAUGGAGCGCGACCUCUACCCCCGCCGCUGGGGUCUUGGCCCUGUUGCCCUUGAGAAGAAGAAGCUCAAGGCUGACGGCAAACUCGACAAGUACGGCCGCCCUAACGAUGCUACUCCUGCCAAGUGGAGCUCCGAAUACAAGGAUUUCAGCACCGGCGAUGCCUCUGCCGCCGCCGCCGCCGCCGCUGCUACCGCUCCUGCUAAGGCCUCCGAGGCUGAGGAUACUCCCAUGGAGGAGGCUGCCACUCCUUCUUCACCUGCUGCUGAUGACAGCAAGGACAAGAAGCGCAAGAAGCACGAUGGCGAGACCGCUGAAGAGAAGGCUGAACGCAAGCGAAGAAAGGCAGAGAAAAAAGCGGCCAAGGCUGCUAAGAAGGCUGCCAAGGGCGAGGCUAUGGACAGCGACAGCGACUAA